CAUCGCAGCACGCUCACGAACACACGCCGCCGUUGCGUCUUGCUCGCUACUGGCACAGUCUCUCGAUGCUGCCAGUAGAGCGAGCCCAGCGCCCUGCUCCCCUGGCAGAACGCGCUGCGCCACUCACUAAUCUUCAGCUCCUGCGCUCGGGACAUCUACCCUCUGCAGAAGAUGCCGAAGCCCUACAAAACAUUAUCAUAGACCUGGAGAGCAUCGCUGGCUUUUUGAAGGAGGAUAUACGGGCGUGCCGCUCACGUGAAGCGCUCGCGUUGGCAGCUGGAGACACGGCACCUCGAACGGCUAGCCAUCUCGACCCUCUUAGGGAAGAAAGAACACGAGUGCAGAAGCUACUGCGGCUGUGCAAAGCCGUCAUAGCACCCAUACGGAAGCUUCCUACGGAAAUCAUGGUCGAGAUCUUCGAACGAGUGCUAGACAACGUGGACUUUCUUCCGGAUGACCUCCACUCCAUCUCUACUGUCAACUUCACCUGGCGCGCGAUCGUUUUAUCGACGCCACAGCUGUGGUCAACGGUUCUCCUCCAUUUUUUUGCGGUCACAGAUUACAUUCCGGUACAUCGUCGAUUCGCAAUCGCUCGUGCUCAGCUUCGAUGGUCGGCGGAUUGGCCUAUACGCCUGCGCGUCUUGCUGUAUGACAAGCAUGCCGAGACUGUGCGGACGAGCGAGGUCUGGAAGGAAUUAUGUGCCCAAUCCUACCGCUGGAAAGUCGCAGAAAUACGAACAUCGAGCAGCCCAACUUUUUGGCACGAUCAUCCCCCCCUUUCCCUUCCUGCCCUAGAGACGCUGACGCUGAUAAAUACGGGUCCUCUUGCGCUCUUUGUGAUUCUAGCAGACGCGCCGUGCCUACGAAACCUCAGCAUUUUUCACUCUCAUCAGGAAGUAGCGCGCGAGGUCCAGCAUCUGCCGACUCUGACGCUUACCAGUCUUUCUCUGCAGGCAAUGCUGUUGACGGACUGUCUGUACAUCAUACGACAGUCCGCACCAAGCCUGCAGACAAUGGAGAUCAUGACCAGUGCCGUCACCGUGGGCGAGCUGCGCCGCUGGCAGUCUCUCAAAUACGACGAACCCGUGGAGCUACCUGCGCUGCAGACACUGCGUCUCGUCAACGAUAACACACACCGGUUCCUUUGUCAGUCGUUAACCGUGCCGGCUCUGCACGACCUCGCCAUAGUUGAUCUACACCUAGACUUCUGUGAUGUGCCUAGCAUCUUGCAGAUGGUGCAUCGGUCGUCCGCUCUGGUGACUACGUUCUCUGUGCGACCGAGCAUCAUUGCACCCAUUUCGCGAAGAAGCCGCAUAUACGUGGCGGAUACCAUGGUCAAAUUGCUUCAAGGCCUUCCGACGAUAAUCGAGCUGAAGAUCGACGCAGAGUGUCGGCGCGAUUUCCUGACCGACAGCUUUUUCCGCGAUCUGACACCAUCGCCAUACAAUUCUAAUCCCGCACUCCCCGAUCUUCGAUAUCUUUCCGUUGUUGUAUCUAUCCUCGAGGACCGGUACGAUGACGGAGAACGUUCCUUGGAAGACGUUACGCGAGCUCUGCAUGGCUUUCGAGCAACAGAUUGUGUCGUAAAUGGCAUUCUGUACCCUGCAUUGGAGAGGCGAGAGAUAACGCGAUCUCCGAUUGACAUAUACUUCGACGAUGAAAACCUCAACUCGAUUGGCGUGCAGAAAGAAAGUGACGAGAACGAGAAGAAAGGCGACUGCAGCGACAGCGAGGGUGAUACCGAAACCGACUACACAAUGGACGAUUCCGAUGAAGAAUCCUCCGACGACGCCUUUUAGUCUCAACUUGAUCUUGAGCGUCACAUAUCGAUUCUUUGCGCGCCUCGUUUUCCGUGUGUUCAGCCUAGCUAUAGUAGGUAGGUAGGGAGAGUGAAGCGUGCGUUGAUCAGCAUCUGUCAAUGUG